AUGCCAACAAGUCCCCUCCUAUCAUCUGAUCCAUGUAUUGUCACUGUCGUCCCCCCACCACCACCCUCCCCUUCAGCUUUUAUAUCUCCGAUCCCCAUUCCCACCACAUUCCAUCCUCUUUCUCUCUCUCCCCAUGUGCAUCUGCUAGUUCAAUUCACCACUACUUUCUCCUCCCCCCUUCACCGGAGCUAUGGUGAUGCGAUGAAGGAGCGUCAACGAUGGCAGCCUGAAGAAGACGCUCUCCUCCGUGCUUACGUUAACCAGUACGGCCCUCGAGAAUGGAAUCUCAUCUCUCAACGCAUGUCCAAACCCUUAGAUCGUGAUCCCAAAUCGUGUCUCGAGCGUUGGAAGAAUUAUCUCAAACCCGGAAUCAAAAAAGGAUCGCUUACACCACAAGAACAGACACUGGUGAUUUCACUUCAGGCGAAGUACGGAAACAAGUGGAAAAAGAUCGCCUCCGAAGUCCCCGGCCGAACAGCUAAGCGCUUAGGAAAGUGGUGGGAGGUUUUCAAGGAAAAACAAAUCAAACAGCAGAUUCAGAAUAAUAAGAAGUCCGGAUCGUCGACUUCGAAUCCGCCGCCGCCGCCGCCGUCUGUGGCGGUUGUUUCCGGUUGCUGUGGUUCGCCGGAAAAAGCUAUCCAAGGUACGUACGAUCAUAUACUGGAGACUUUCGCAGAGAAGUACGUGCAACCGUACUUGAAACCAGCUCCGGUGGUGAUGCCAAAUCUGAACUCACCGAUUCUUUCACUCGGUUCCGGUUCAAAUCCGACACCCGACCCGAAUGUUACAGCGCCAAUGUUACCACCAUGGAUGAAUAACAACAAUACGACGUCCUGCUUAACAUCGUCUUCUUCCUCAAAGUCAACAACGCCAUCUCCAUCGGUGAGCCUCACCCUCUCCCCCUCCGAACCGGUGGUUCUUGACCCGGUUCACUCCGACCACCCACUCAACACCCGGUUUUUCCCGGUUCAACAAGUGGGUACAUUGGUUCAGUGCUGUAAAGAGGUGGAGGAAGCAAAGCAAAACUGGGUUCAACACAAGAAGGAGGCGACAUGGCGGCUGAGCCGGCUGGAACAGCAGUUAGAAGCGGAGAAAAGCCGGAAGAGAAGAGAGAAGAUGGAGGAGAUAGAAGCAAAGAUACGGUGUCUGAGGGAGGAGGAGACGGCGGCGUUAGGGCGGAUGGAGAGUGAGUACAGAGAACAGUUGAAUGCGUUGCAGAGGGAUGCAGAAGGGAAAGAAGUGAAGUUAAUGGAAUCAUGGAGUAAUAAGCAAAUGAAGUUGAGUAAGCUUGUUGAACAGAUUAAUGGCGGAUUAAUUCAACAUCAACAUAUGAUUAGUGGAACUAAUCAUCAUCAUGGUUUAAGUUAA